AUGUUGACCCGCCGCAAAUCGUCAAUAAUUAUUCUGCAACAACCACAACAACAGCAACAGCAACAGCAGCAGAUGGUCGUAGGGACUGAGCGAGGUACCGCAAAUGAUUCAAUUGCUGUUCUGGCGGAAAUGCUGAACUUCGACGCCUCCUCAAACAAGCAGCAUACCAGUGAUAUUUUGCGAUGCAGCAGCGUUUUCGAAGAUAUUCCUAAACUUGCGUGUGUAAUAUCAAUGAUAUCAGUAUGCCUGAACACACCUCAUACUUUCUCAUUUUUCCCACCACUCUAUUAUAUUGUGUUUGUUGCCGAUGGUAUUGUUACUGUCAUAUUUUUUAUCGAAGCUAUCGUCAAAAUUGUUAUCAAUGGACUGAUUACACAUGAAAGAAGCUAUCUUCGAGAUCGUUGGUGUCAGUUUGAUUUCUUUCUCCUCAGUUUACAUAUUAUGUCAUUAUUGCUAAGCGCUUAUGAGCUUAUCUGUCUGUGGUUUCCACAUUUGGAAUGGCACUAUCAUCCAUGGUACGGUGUGAUAAGGGCUCCAAGGCCAUUUAUUAUGAUAAGCUUUAUACGUUCCAUCGUACGCUUUAAGUUACCUAAGAAUCGCAUUCAGCAGAUCAUCAAACGAUCUUCACAACAGAUCCAGAAUGUGACGAUAUUCUUCAUGUUCUUUAUGACAUUCUACGCAAUUAUGGGAGUACAGUUGUUCGGUCGAAUGGAUUAUCAUUGUGUCCUACCAGGAACCAAUGUUUCUAAUGUAACAAUCGCCGAUUUAGCCAUACCAGAUACAAUGUGUUCGCAAAAGGGAGCUGGUGGUUACGAAUGCCCAGCUAAUAUGGAAUGUUUGAAGCUAGAUAUGAGCGCUCGUACUGAAGGUUUCUACGGAAUGUUCAAUGAUUUCGGUUCAAGUUUAUUUACCGUCUAUAUGGCAGCAUCGCAAGAAGGAUGGGUAUACGUUCUGUACGACUGUUUAGAUACAUUUCCUUCUUAUAUCGCUUUUUUUUACUUCAUCACUUUAAUAUUUCUACUCGCUUGGCUUGUUAAGAAUGUGUUUAUUGCCGUGAUAACAGAAACUUUUGCGGAAAUACGAGUGCAAUUCAGUGAAAUGUGGCAGACACGUGAAAUAACUGUUGAAGAUAGUUUUGCUCAGAAAUUAGAAAAAACGGAAGAUGGAUGGAGACUGAUGGCAGUUGAUGCAGAAAAAAUAAAUUCUGAUAGUGCUCCAAAACCAUUAUAUUGGUUAGUCCGUACGGCGGUAUUUCAAACAUGUAUGAUGGUGAUGGUAGUAUUGAAUGCUGUCAUCAAUGCAUCAUUUGUGCAUAAACAUGAUGCAAGUGAUGAACCACGUAAACUUGUCUACUACUAUAUCGAGGUAGGCUUUACGAUAAUAUUCAACGUGGAAUGCCUUCUGAAAAUGAUUGCUUUUGGAUGGAAUGGAUAUACACGAUUACACAAAUUUGAAUUUAUUUUGUGUAUUGGAAGUACACUAAAUAUUAUUAAGCCACUGUAUUCAAUGAAUCUUUUCACUUAUUUUCAAGUUUUUCGUAUCGUUCGACUUAUUCGUGCCUCUCCAAUGCUCGAAGAUUUCGUCUAUAAGAUAUUUGGACCAGGAAAAAAGUUAGGUGGUCUGGUAGUGUUUACGAUGGUACUGCUUGUUAUCACUUCCGCUGUCUCAUUGCAACUCUUCUGUUAUGUACCAAAUUUGGAUAAAUUUCGAACAUUUCCACAAGCGUUUAUGUCAAUGUUUCAAAUAAUAACACAAGAAGGCUGGACCGAUGUAGUAGUGGAAAUUUUACGUACCACAAACGAAUCCAUGGUACCAUUCGUUGCAAUAUACUUCGUUGGAUAUCAUUUAUUCGUUACUUUGAUUGUUUUAUCGUUGUUCGUUGCUGUUAUACUCGAUAAUUUGGAAAUGGAUGAAGAAUUGAAAAAAGUGAAACAGCUUAAAGCGAGAGAAGAGACUACAUGUAUGCGUACAACACUUCCGUGGCGGUUGAAAAUUUUUGAGAAAUUUCCCACUCGACCACAAAUGGUCGAAUUACGAAAAGUAUCCAGUGAAUUUCCGCUACCGAAAGUGCGGCAGAGUUUCACAAAACAAUUUGCGGAAGAUAAUACUCUGACGUAUAAUUCACAUUCUGAAGAAUGGGAUCUUCAUCGGAAACAAUUAUUAUAUAAUGUUGGAAGAACAUUUUGUCGUAGCACUGUUACUGUACGAGAAAUCGGUCAGCUUUCAUCGAAAUGGGCAAUUAGCAUUUUAAUCGAAGAAGCAGAUCGGAAUCGUGCCCUUUUUUUGGAUUCAAGUCAAUACAUUGCUCAACUUGGCCAAGGUGGUACUCGAAUGUGGGGAGAUUCAAGAUAUCAUAACAGAAGUAUAAAUCGACCGAUAAAAUUGAAAGUUGUUUAUAAGCAUCUGAAGGAGAAUGCUGAUGUGCAGUUGGCAGAUUCGGCACCAAAAAAUGAUUUAAAACACGGUGAAAUUGAUAUUAAAGCAUUGCAGCAGAAACGACAGCAUGCAGAAUUAACCAGGAAUCGAAUUGAAGAAGAAAUUCGCGAGAAUCAUCCAUUCUUCGAUCGUCCACUUUUUAUCGUCGAUCGAGAUUCACGUUUUAGGCAUAUCUGCCAAGAAAUAGUUUAUGCUAAAUAUAUGCCUGACAAAAUCGACUCAAUUACUGGAAAACAAAUACAACAGCGUUAUAAACAGCUACAUGAGUUGAUCGGUCUAUUAACAUAUCUUGAUUGGGUAAUGGUAUUUUUUACUGCACUCUCCUGCUAUUCGAUGCUUUUCGAAAGUCCGUGGCCGACAACAGGCGAAAAUAUGAUCUUCAAUAAUCCUUAUCUUCAGAUUUGUGAGUAUAUGUUUGUCAUAUCGAUGACAUUUGAACUUGCUGUUAAAGUUCUUGCAAAUGGAUUUAUUUUUACGCCAAAUGCUGUAGUGCGAGACGUUGGUGGCGUGAUGACUCUUUUUAUUUACAUUACGAGCGUUAUCUAUUUGAUUUGGAUGCCACGUCAUGUGGAAAUUAAUUCAUUAGCACAAAUGAUGAUGAUUUUUCGGGCUAUGCGACCAUUGCGCAUUUGCACUCUUGUGCCUCACAUAAGACGUGUAGUUGUAGAGUUAUGCAAAGGAUUCAAAGAGAUUCUCUUGGUUACCACUUUGCUUAUUUUGCUUAUGUUCAUAUUUGCCAGUUUCGGUGUGCAAAUUGCUGGUGGCAAAUUAGCUGCAUGUAAUGAUCCAACAAUCAGUGAAAGGGAAAAUUGUUUUGGUUUAUUUGAACAAAAAGUUUUCGUUACACGAAUGGAAGUGUAUGGGAAGAAUGAUAAUGAAUUGCAUCCAAAAAUUUGGGUGCCACGAGUUUGGACAAAUCCACGAAAUUUUAAUUUUGAUCAUAUUGGCAAUGCUAUGCUGGCACUUUUUGAGACUCUUUCCUACAAAGGAUGGAAUGUUAUUCGUGAUAUAUUAUGGAUGAGACAGGGACCUUGGGCAGUGGUCUUUAUUCAUAUAUAUGUCUUCACUGGUUGUAUGAUCGGACUUACACUUUUUGUUGGUGUUGUCAUUGCAAAUUAUACGGAAAAUAGAGGUACAGCAUUACUUACAGUAGACCAGCGGCGUUGGUAUGACCUAAAGGCACGCUUAAAAAUGGCGCAACCUUUACAUGUUCCACCGAAACCAGCGGAAUCUGCUAAACUCCGCAUUAGACUGUAUGAAAUGAUAUUGAGCAAAUGGUUCAAACAGGUAUUCGCAAUAUUAGUAGUGAUUAAUUCAGUGACUUUAUUCAUUCCAUGGAAUGUUGAGGAAGAGAAGAAUAACUAUAAGGCUCUUGUUUUCAUGACAGGUGUAUCAGCUAUUGCUAACAUUCUUUUCACCGUUGAGAUUCUGUUAAAGAUGAUUGCAUUCACGGUACGUGGCUUCUGGCAAUCCAGACGGAAUCGAAUCGAUUUACUAAUCACAAUACUGGGACUCUUUUGGAUUUUUACUCAUUUUAUCAUGGCCUUACCUGCAAGUGCUGUUGGUGGACCUACGGGGCUUAAAGAAUUUACAUAUACUUUUGGAUAUUUGGUGGUCAUUUUGAGAUUCUUCACUAUUGCCGGUCGUAAGACAACUCUAAAAAUGCUAAUGUUAACAGUAGUGAUGAGUACGGUGCGAAGUAUGUUUAUUAUCACAGCUAUGUUCCUCCUUGUAUUGUUCUAUGCUUAUACAGGCGUUAUACUCUUUGGUAUGGUUAAGUACGGACAAGCUGUUUCCAAGUUCGUCAUUCAUUGUUUAUUCUUUUUAAUUUCCUAA